AUGGCCGACACACAAACCAGAGGUCCCCAAGAUUCACACUUAGAAGACGACAGAACUCAUGUGGAGGGACAGUUCGUCGGUGCAACAUUACAGAUUGGUGGAGGAGGUCCCGUGGGAGAAGGGACGGAACCAGAAGUGAAAUUUGCGGGAGGUCCUGCCCAGGGAUUCAAUCGUCAACAGCGUCCUGGCAGUGUUUACGGACGCCAAAGCGUAAAGUCCACUACCAGUCGAACGUCGAUGAGACCUGGCUUUGUAAAGGGUGAAAAACUUUCCCAGAGCUACUUCAGUUAUAAGGAAAGCAACUUCGAGAAAGCAGUGGGGAUUUGUGAAGAGAAAGCCAAACCAGAACUUGAUGGAAAACGGGUUGGGGCUUGGCUCCUUACAGAAAUUGAUCACUGGGAUAAUGAGAGAGAGAAGAUUGUGCUGUUGUUUGAGAAUUCUGUGAUGGUUUACAAAUACCACUUCAUACUGAACAAAGUCGAGGAAUUCAAGCGUGUCCUACUUUGGGUCGUCGACACUGUCUGCAUUGGUGAUUUCAAGUAUCCAGAAAAGAGCAUCAUGCCUGACAGAAAGCAUGGAGGAAUACAGAUCCGUUGGAACAAAGGCGAGGAGCCGACUUUUGCCCAACGCUGGAACCCAUGGAGUUCCUGUAUCCCCUAUGCCACUUUCUGCCACCAUCCCCUGCUGUACAACCCAAAGGAGAACGAGACAGUCACCUACAAUGUUGAUGAGUUCUACGAGUCCCUCAUCAAAGGUAUAAGUGAUGCCUACAAAGCUAAACGACCGGCCGAAAAAGUCACCAUUUUAGAGGGUCCUAUCAUGAUAACGAGCUAUGCAAGUGUAUCGUCCAUGAUCUACAAUCAAAGCGGUCUUGGUUUUUAUAUGGACAGAAAUGGGAUCUGCUUUUGAUGGAUGUGCUCAUCUACGGUGAUAAAAACAGACUGUGUUUCUGUUAUAAAUCAAGUACUUUUUCUAGAUUUCUGAAAUUUGUUGGUUUGGCAUUUUAGAAUUUUGUUCAUGUUCAUAUUAAUAAGAAAACUGCUGUUUAUUGGAUUGUCCAACCCAUGGACAUUAUUUGGAAAAAUUUGCUCUGUCACGUCAGGCAAUGAAAAUGUCUAUGAAAUAUACUAAAUUUCAUGUAUUACAUAAAAAAAUAUCGUAAAAGAAAAGUUUUUGGCCAUGGCAUGUUUUCUUUUAUCUUAUUUUCGCUAAAAAUUAUAGAACUUGCGUGAAGUCAUAAAAAUAUGCAAAGUGUGUCACUGAAGUCUGACAAGUGUAAAUUUUUAGCACCAACGUAGACUCUCGAGAGUUACUGUUUCACAUGUAACAUAUUAGACAUGGUAAAUCUUAAAGCAUUCCACUGAUGCACGUUAGGUUCAAGUUGUUUCUUAAUAUUGUGCCAUAGUAUCUCAAUGUAAACUUAAGAUAGGCUUGCCCAUACCUGUUAUAUACCACUGAUUGUAAAAUUGAAAACACUGCUAUCAUGUAUACUGUACAUGUAUAAUAAUUCAUUAGUAGAAUUAAAUUCACAUCAUCAGUGAUCACAAAAUACUUACAAUAAACCACAGAUAAAUGAAUUAAACGCGAUAAUUUAAGAAUUUGUAAUUAUAUAUAAUUUACAUAAACUGUAAUACACUUUAAAUGCCAAUAUACAAAUUGUACCUCAUCUUCUUUGUCAAACAUGUUUUAAAAGAUUUGGAUCAUAUUACUUAAAACCCUUUAACAAACAUUAUCAUCACUGGAUAAAUGCUUGGAGUUCAUGAUUGUAUUGGGAUUAAAUAAAUAUUUAUCUGGGUUUAUCUGUUCUUUUUGGUAAUUUUGGCUUAAGUUAAUCUCUUUUCUACUGUGCAUCCAUAUCACUUCUUUCCAAGUUACACACACAGCCUUACAUAUGAUCUAUUUUUGUCAGUUCAAACUUGUGGGACCUGACUCAAAAAAUAUAUUACUGGUCAAAUUUAGUUAAAAUCAACACUUAUAUUAUAAUAUACUGAUACUGCAUUUUAAUGUGCAGUCAGAAUAGACCACCAAAUGUAUAAAAGUACAGAAACUUUAGACUUGAAAUUCCAUUUUCUAAACCUUUCUUCUAUUCUUUUUUUGUUUUUUGUUUUGUUUUUAUGUUUAGAAAUCAUAUUUUAGGACAUGAAAGUAUACCAUGUAGAUCAUACAAGGGAGAUAAUUAAGAAUCCCUGAAGGUGCCUGAUUUGUUUUCGGUUAUAUAUUAAAUCCUGAUGAAUAUAUGACCUUUAAGUAGUAAAUUUUCUGAACUUUGAUACACUUUUGGCCUCAACCUAGAAGAUUUGUUACCAAUAAUAUUACCACUUUUUCUGGAGCUCUUAACAUACAAUGAAUAUGUAUUAGCCAGGUCUCCUCCUUUCCAAAACAUCUUGAAUUGUUGCCUUGUUUUCAAAUUGUACAUAUGUCUAUAUUGUAUAUGUGUAGGGUAGAACGUGUGUGUUAUUUGUAUAUUUAUUGAUAUUAUAGAGUUUAAAGAGAUUUUAUUAAGAGGUUUAAUUAUUGAAAUCCUAUCUAUUUUGAUGAUAGUUUUGUGAGUUACUAAUUAGCGUCCAUUUUUUCUAUGUUAUUCACUGUAUAGACAUGUAUGGUAUAUAAUUGUAUAUUUAUGAUCACAAUUGCUUAUUAUCUAAUGUGCAAAACCUUGAACCCCAGAAACCUUCACUUACACCUAAGAUAUCAAUUUACAUUCAUUCUAUGUUUCACUGGUUUUCUCAACUUAUUUUGUUGAGUAUAAACAUUUCCCUUGGAUACUCCAGUGUUAAAUAAUCAUUCCUUUUUAUAUUAAUGUAUACAACCCUUAGAAGUCUAAAUACCCCGUAUGGGACCCCAAGUCAAUCAAACCUAUGGUACUACAGAACUCUUGAUCAGAAAGAAAACCCAGGUAAUGAACAGGUGCCCUCAUGUCUGAUUUGGAAAUUGAACUCUUGCAGUCUUAGUGCAGGAUAGAAAUACCAUCCACUGAACCAAUUAUUCAAGCACAUAUAUUAUGUGAUAUUAGUUUACUGUGUCAAACCUUGUAGGUGUUGCAUUGUUUGACCUGUAGUGUCUUCAAUUUAUCAUAGAUUUAAUAAGACAAUCUUCAUUUUUCUAUUUUUUGUAAACAUUUUAUUUUGUUUUGCAUAAUAUUCUUCUUUUAAGUCUAUACUAUACAUUUCAUUUCUGUUACAAUUGUUAUCAUUCUAUCAAUAAUGAAAUGUGAUUACAGAACAAUUUGAUUCUGUGAUAACAUCCAACCCCAAAGUUGGAAUCAACUUCAAUCAGUACAUAAUAUAACUUCAUUUUAUAAAAAUAGAAAUAAUUUGUGAUCAUAUUAAACAGACUCGGCAACAUGUGAAGAAUGUUAUCAUUCUGAAACUAAAUGUUGUUAUGACAUUAUGUUUUGUCAAAUCACAAAAUCUCAAAAUUUCUUAAUGAAUUCUAUUUGUGUGUUAACAGUUGUUUGUGAGUAAUGGUUCAGAUAUUGUUUGCACCUUUGUGUGGUAGAGCAGAAAAGAUGUCACUGUACAUGCCGUAGUUUGGAUAUUACCGUAUAUAUACUGUAUAUAUGAUAUCGGAUCCUAAUUUCUGUGGUUUACAAAAAUUUACAUGUGCACAAUUUCAUUGGCAUGUAGUUUUGUGAUGAAAUCCUACCUUCCAGUUUUGAUAGUGCUGUAACCCAUAUGCAUUUGUUGUUUCUGGAGGUAUAAAUCUUUAGAUUUGGAGUACCCAUGGAUUCAGUGAAAAUAAAUUCUCUGCAAAAAUGAACAAUUUUACAGUAUAUUGCUUUUGUCCACUAGUUAUGUUAACUUUUGUGUUAUAACAAAACAAAUAAAUUAUCAAGCAUUUUACUCUAGAUAUUUGUUGAUGUAGUGAUUCACCUGUUAUUAAUUACACUCACAUUUAUAGUGAUAAGAGAAAAUCCAUAUGUUAGGGGUAGUCCAUCACCCUUUAUCAAUUAGUGAUGCAUGUCCAUAUAUGGAUGUAAGUUUUGUAGUGAUAAGAGAAAUAAUAAUCCAUAUGUUAGGGGUAGUCCAUCAUCCUUUAUCAAUUAGUGAUACAUGUCCAUAUAUGGAUGUAAGAUUUGUAGUGAUAAGAGAAAUAAUAAUCCAUAUGUUAGAGGUAUUCCAUCAUCCUUUAUCAAUUAGUGAUACAUGUCCAUAUAUGGAUGUAAGAUUUGGUUAUAUCAACAACACAAUGCACAGGUGAAAUGAAUUCAAAUUAUAUCUUAUUCUUUGUUUUCUUGUAGAGUAUAUGGAUAAAAUAUGUAAAGAAUAUCAUAUGAUGUUAGAUAAUGAUAGAUUCUAUCACCACACAAUCCUGUUUAGUGUGAUAUAAAUGUAUACAGUUCUUGUAUAUCAACCACAAUCAACAGUCACGCUUUCAGGAAGAACAUACAAAUUUAAGGAAGAGGACAUAUAAAAUACAUCAUUGACCUAUUAAGAAGUAUAUGGAUUAAAACAAAUUAUAUUAAUUAAAAAACAAAUGAUACAGUUAUUAAGUAAUUUGGUUUACAUGCAUGAUAUCAAGAAUUAAAUCAUGUUUUCUUUUUAAGGAUAUUUAGAAUUAAAUAGUGUUUUCUUUUUAAGGGUUAAGGUGCAUAUUUUACUGUGAAAUCUACAGCUCAUAUAACUAAGUCAAGUGUUGUAAGAACUCCUUGUCUUUCUAUAACUAUAAUAACUUUGUUAAUCAAUAUGAUUUCUCUGGUUGGUCCUAGAUAAUUGAUCUCAUUAUUCUAUUUAGCCAUGAGGCCAUUAUCAAUGUGAUGGGAUACAUAUAUUUUAGUGAAGCAAUAUAUAUAUGUAUAUGUACAUAUUUAAAAAAAUAUAUAUUAGUGAUCAUUGAAAUAAAUUUAAAUGUAUGUAAUUCUAUGGAUUUAAUUAAUUUUUUGAUAUUUUUAAAGAUAAAAAAGUAAUGAAUGAUAUAUUUACCAUUGAAAAUACAGGCAAUAGAGAAAACCAUAUUUCAUUUCAUUAGUUCCCUGAACAGUACAUGCUGUUGACAUCAAAGUUUAGAUAGAAUACAGAAAAUAUCCAAAAUCUAGAAAAAACAUUUCAGUAGUUUUAAUGGAGGGGAGAGAGAUAAUUAAAGUAUUAAUUAUUAUAAGGUAUUUAACAGAGGUUUGGGGCUUACUUAUAUACCAAUCCAAUAUAAUGGAUUUGUACAUGUAAGCUCAUUAUACACAUGUGUUUAGACAAUAUAUACUGUACACCAAUAUAUUGUAUGAGGGAAAACAUUUUAUCUAUUAUUUUAAUUCACCUUUAAAAAACAAAUGAAAAAAACUUAUUUUAGUUAAAAAAUUCAACUUUAAUAACAUAUCAUAAAAGGAUGAAGGAUUUCACUCUAUAGUUUCCCUGACACAAUAAACUUCAAACUCAUAAUAUAUAUAAAGCUGUGUGUGAUAUGUCUGGUAUCCAUAGUUAACUUGUUGAUUUUUUUAUUGUUUUUCUAUAUCUAUACAAAUAUUUAUAUCUGCUUGGUAAGAUUAUAUUAUAGCUGAGUUUAAGUGGAAGAGAUUCAAAUAGUUAAAGCUUCUUUAAUGGAAAAAGUGAGAGAGAAAGAAAAGGCAAUUCUGAAUGGUAACAUCAUCAAACUAAAUAGUGGAUGGGAUACUAGUCAUGAAAAUAACAAGUGAUAAUUUCCUGACUCAGUUUGACGAUUAAUAAUAUAUCUCUGUUAACUUUGCUCACUCUGGCUUUGUUAUGCUUUAUCAGGUUAAUUUCAUUUUUUCUUUUUUAUUCUUCUAUUUUUUAUUUAAAUUUUCUGACAAACCAUGUAAAAAGCAUUGGAUCAUAAAGUUCCACUAGAUAUAUAUGUUGAAAUUCCACCCUAAAUUUAGAUUCUUGAUUAAAUACCUCAUACAGUAGGUAAAUCAAUAUUCUAAAAACUUUGAAUAAGAUGCAGCUUAUUUUCUUUAAUACAUGUAGGAAAUUGCACUUUUUUCAGGACAGGCUUAUAUUUGAGGUGAGAUGUUUUGGAGUGUUUAGGUACAAGUGAUCAGCACUCUGAAGUAGCAACAUCCAUCUCUGAUACACUGCUUCAUACAGGAUAACAUACAUGGAUGUGAUUAUAUUUUGUCCAUUAUAGUAUAUAUUAACAUCACUCGUCUAUGAAUAACUAAUUCUACUUACCACUUUGCCACAUGUAUGAUGUGAUGUCAGUGUCUUUUGAUAAAUAAAAUCAGAAAAGUU